AUGGCUUGCGCAGCACCAAAACACGUCCCUGUAGUCAGUAUAGUCGCUGCAUUGCUACCUGAUAUGGGUAUUGGCUUCCAACAGUCGUUGCCAUGGCGAUUAUCCAAAGAAAUGAAAUAUUUUAGGGAAGUAACUUCUUCUACUUUUGAUGGAGGGAAACAGAAUGCUGUUAUUAUGGGGAGGAAAACAUGGGAGUCCAUUCCUUCUAGGUUUAGACCAUUGCCCAACAGGAUUAACGUCGUUCUUUCGAGAAGUUUCGAAAAUGGUCAGAUGAAACAAGUCUCUCUAGAUGAAAAUAAGACUUAUUUCCAAAGUAGUUCUCUACAAAGAUCCAUAGACUCUUUAAUGUCCUUGAUGGGUGAAAAACUGGAAAGAAUCUACAUAAUAGGUGGCAGUGAAAUCUACAACCAUGCAUUCGACGUCAUCGAUCACGUCCUAAUAACAAAAUUAGAGCCUGUAGAUACCGUGAGACCUAAAAUGGAUACAUUCCUGGACGUCGCGAAAUUGAACGACUCGUUCCAAGAGAUGAACCAGAACCUGGCUGAUUUUCUACCCCCCAAUGUCACAUUACCGAAGCCCCACAACCAGGCUUACAUCGAAAAUGAAAACGGCUACAAAUUCGAAUUCUCACUGUACAGUAGGAAGUAA